AUGGCUCUGACUUCUCCAAAAUCUGUAGCAGGGGAUUUGACACAAAGAGAAGAACUCAUGCUCCAUGAUGGAAACUGUUUCAAUUUCCUCUCUGCAAACAUCAUCACAAUAGUGGAAAGAUGUAUGAGUUCCAUGCAAGCUGGUACCCAAAUGAUCAAACUCCGUGGCAGUUCCAAAGGGUUGGUCCGCUUCUAUUACUUGGACGAGCACAAGUCAUGUAUUCGCUGGAGACCCUCUCGAAAGAAUGAGAAAGCCAAAAUUUCUAUCGACUCUAUUCAGGAGGUUUGCGAGGGGAAGCAAUCGGAGAUCUUUCAGCGCUAUGCCGAUGGCAGUUUUGAUCCUAACUGCUGCUUCAGCAUCUACUAUGGAGACCAUAUGGAAUCUCUUGACCUGGUAUCCUCCAGUGGAGAGGAAACACGCACCUGGAUCACAGGGCUAAAAUAUCUGAUGGCAGGGAUCAGUGAUGAAGACAGCCUCUCAAAACGCCAAAGGACCAGAGACCAGUGGUUGAAGCAGACAUUUGAUGAGGCAGAUAAAAAUGGUGAUGGCAGUCUGAGUAUUAGUGAAGUGCUCCAGCUAAUGCACAAACUGAAUGUGAACCUACCCCGACAAAAAGUCAAGCAAAUGUUUAAGGAGGCUGAUACGGAUGAUAAACAGGGCACGCUGGGCUUUGAUGAGUUCUGCGCCUUCUAUAAGAUGAUGUCAACACGACGUGAUUUGUACCUGCUGAUGCUCACCUACAGCAACCACAAGGACUACCUAGAUACAGAUGACCUGAGACGCUUUCUGGAGAUUGAACAGAAGAUGACAAAUGUGACUAAAGAACACUGCCUGGAAAUCAUCAGCAAGUUUGAACCAUGCCUGGAGAACAAGAAGGAGGGAGCUCUGGGGAUUGAUGGUUUCACCAAUUACAUGCGGAGUCCAUCAGGGGACAUAUUCAACCCAGAACACUACCAAGUGAAUCAGGACAUGAGUUAUCCUUUGAGUCACUAUUUCAUUACCUCUUCACAUAAUACCUACCUCAUGGGAGAUCAACUGAUGUCCCAGUCUAGGGUGGACAUGUAUGCAUGGGUGCUACAAUCUGGUUGUCGUUGCGUAGAAGUUGACUGCUGGGAUGGGCCGGACGGUGAACCAAUUGUCCACCAUGGAUACACUUUGACUUCCAAAAUUCUCUUCAAAGAUGUGAUUGAAACUAUCAACAAAUAUGCCUUUAUCAAGAAUGAGUACCCUGUUAUCUUGUCAAUUGAGAACCAUUGCAGUGUCAUUCAGCAGAAGAAGAUGGCUCAGUAUCUUAUAGAAAUUCUGGGAGACAAACUGGAUCUGUCUUCUGUGCACAAUGAAGAUUCUACCAAGCUCCCUUCCCCAGCAAGUCUUAAAGGAAAGAUACUGGUUAAGGGGAAGAAACUUCCAGCCAACAUCAGUGAUGAUGCAGAGGAAGGUGAAGUUUCUGAUGAGGACAGUGCUGAUGAGAUUGAUGAUGACUGUAAACUAAUGAAUGGAGAUGCAUCUACUAAUAGGAAAAGAGUGGAGAAUAUAGCAAAGAAAAAACUUGACUCACUGAUAAAAGAAUCCAAAAUCCGUGACUGUGAAGAUCCAAACAAUUUUACAGUUACCACUCUACCAUCAUCAGGAAAGGCUGGUCUAAAAUCAGAUAGUAAGAAGAAUAAACUUGAGGAUGAUGUGGAAUCUGUGGAAGACUUCAGUACUAAUAAAAGGCACAGCCGGUCAUUGAUGGGCAGUUUUUCUAAACGCAAGAAAAAAGGAAGCAAAUUGAAAAAGGCAACAAGUCUGGAAGAGGGUGAAGAUGAUUCGGAUUCUCAAGGAAAUUUAGCCAGGAGCUCUGUACAUUACAGCAGGAUAAACCAACAGAAGAAAACAAUGAAGCUGUCCAGGGCACUCUCUGACCUGGUGAAAUACACAAAGUCUGUUGGCAUCCAUGAUGUUGAAACUGAAAUCUCUUCCAGCUGGCAGGUUUCAUCUUUCAGUGAAACAAAAGCCCACCAGAUACUGCAGCAAAAGCCAGCACAGUAUCUACGUUUCAACCAGCAUCAGUUGUCCCGCAUCUACCCAUCUUCUUAUCGUGUGGACUCUAGCAACUACAAUCCCCAGCCAUUCUGGAAUGCUGGCUGCCAACUUGUUGCACUAAACUACCAGUCAGAGGGGAGAAUGCUGCAACUGAACCGGGCCAAAUUUAGUGCCAAUGGGAAUUGUGGCUAUGUCCUCAAACCAAACUGCAUGUGUCAAGGUGUCUUUAAUCCAAAUUCUGAAGACCCACUGCCUGGUCAAUUGAAGAAACAGCUGGUUCUAAGAAUUAUCAGUGGUCAACAACUCCCAAAACCACGUGAUUCCAUGUUGGGAGACAGAGGAGAGAUCAUAGAUCCAUUUGUUGAAGUAGAAGUUAUAGGCUUACCUGUUGAUUGCUUCAAAGAACAAACUAGAGUAGUUGAUGACAAUGGUUUUAACCCAAUGUGGGAGGAAACGUUGGUGUUCACAGUACACAUGCCAGAGAUUGCACUGAUUCGGUUCCUUGUGUGGGAUCACGAUCCAAUUGGGCGUGAUUUUAUUGGACAGAGAACAAUAGCUUUCAGCAGUAUGAUGCCAGGUUACCGACAUGUGUACCUGGAAGGUAUAGAAGAGGCAUCCAUCUUUGUUCAUGUGGCUAUUAACGACAUCUGUGGUAAGUGGGCUUCUCUAUCAAAAAAGUCUACUUUUAGAAGCAGAGCAUUUUUAGACGCCUUGAAGGCCAAACAAGCUCUAGGUCUAAAAGGCCUGUUUCUCAGAAAUCCAAAGCAGGCCUCUCUGGACAGUCAUGCUGCUGGUCAGCUCCAUCGCAAACAUUCCUUUAGCAGCCACAUCUUGAGACGGACAGCCAGUGCACCCGCCAAAAGCCAGAAGAAGAACAAGAAAGGCUUUCCUGAAAUUGCUUUUGACACAAAAGACACCAGCUCUGAAGGGGCUGGUGAAGACCGUGAAGUGGAACCUGCCUCACAGCCUCGCUUUGAGCAAGAGCCAGAAAGUGCUUCUCUGUCACCAGCUCCCCGAGAUGGUGCCAGUGGGGAGGUACAUGGCAAGGGGUUGAAAGUAGAUGCCUGCCAUUUCUCAAUACAGAGGUCAGUCACUUCUUUAUGCAGCCUAGAAACUAUCACUGAAGAGCCUGUUAUUGCCAAUGAAAACCAUCAUGCCAGCCUUUUCUUCCCUCUACCUGUUACUCCUUACAGUGAUUCUGAAGAAGGGUCUGUAUCUGAUCAUUCCACUGAAUCUCGAUCAGAAGUAAGCAGCACAUCCAACCAGCCUCAAGAAUCUCUACUCACUAGAGAACAAAGAACAAAUCUGGCUGCAGAAGUCCAAGUGCAGGUAGUCACAGGAGCAGCUGACACAAGUUUAGUAGUCCAAGAAGAUGAGAGAACAAGCAUGGCAGGAUGUCUCAAAGAAGAAAAUGGUUGGACACAGGCAUGCAGUAAAGCUGAAGACCAGUAUGGAUUGGCAGUGCAUCCUCAAAAAGCCUGGCUGGUAGUGGCAGCAGGUAAGACUGCUGGCCAACCUGUUGAAAACUCGCAGAAGCAAAAUGAACAACCAGGUCAGGUAUUAACAGACAUCAAAAGCACCAUUGAAUCCAACGGGCAGAAACUUGGUGCAGCAGCUGUUCUACUGCAGCAAAACAAUGUGAUUAACAGCACGCAGACAACUUUGCCUCCAGAUACUUUCCAGAAAGCCCAGGCUGCACAGGCUCUACCUGUUUCUGUUUCUCAGACGAGCUCUUACAUGUUAAUAAGAAGGUCAAAGAGUGAAGGACUGAAGAUGUCAGAUUCCUCAGCCUUAAUAAAAUUUCCAAGUAGCCUGUCUCCAGCAGCAGAAGUGUACUUUGAUGCCACUGUUAAUGACCGGAUCUGGAGCAAGCUAGAUUGCAGCAAUCAUCGUGACAGCAUGUCUUCCUCUUCCAGCAUGUCCUCCAAUGACACUGUGAUAGAUCUCUCUCUACCCAAUCUAGCUCGCAAAAGCCUCCCAGAUCUUGGCAUCCGUCAUGAAAAUUUUGAGCCCCUUGCCAUAAGAAAGGGUAUGCGCCCACGAUCUGCUACAACAUCUGGUAACGAGAUGCCAAUGGUGAGCAAGAGCAAAUCCAAUCCUAACUUGAGGUCUGGCCAGCUGCCAGCAGAUGAAUUGUGCCCCCGUCCUCUUGCCAGGAGCCCUCAAGAUGCAUUCUCCUCCAUUCCUAGAAGGCAUACCUGGAGCAGGCUGUACAUAGAAAGUCUCAGACAGUCUUCUAACAAAUCCAAAGCACAUGAUAUGGUUGGGAAUAACCAGGCAAAAUCCAAGAGUCUUGGAGACCUUACCUCUGAUGAUAUUGUGUGCACUUUUGAAAGCAAGUACCGUAGCAUCAGCAGGAGUUUUGUCACUCGAUCAAUGCGAGAGCAGCGCCGCUCUUCAGGCCUGAGAUCCUCAGUCAAAUCCCAGGAUGAACUGACUGAGCAGCUAAAGAAGCUGACAGCCUUUCAGCAGGAAAAUGAUAUCACUUCCCCUAUCAGUCUUGAUCCAACUGAAUCUGAAGAGGAAGGGGAGAGCUUGGGACUCCUUCGCAGGUCUUCAUCUCGCAGUCAGAGCAGGGUGCGGUACAUUGCCAACAGGGCUAAGCAAGCUCAGGAGAGACAGCGGCUGCAAAGCCUAGGCCAGCUCAGUGGGAGUCCCAUUGAGGAGAGAGGAAAUCCAGAGGGAGCCUGCAGCGUUGCAAAAGCAGUUUGUAUGGAUAUAGCUUCUCCUGCCGUGUUUACAUCCCAGCCUAAGAACCAAACUGAUUAUAACACCGACACAGAAGUCUUCUUUAUGCUGAAACUGUAAUUCUGGGGAGCACUGAAUAAGGCGAUGUUUACAUUCCUGUCAAAACAAAACGUAGUGACCU